AUGUCCCAAGCUCACGUCUCUUACAGCUGUGGAUCUUGUGGUUACCCUUUGAACUUGACCUCUUCCAAUCGAAUCGCCACCAGCAUAGGCUCUGAAUAUCGCAAAUCCGUAGAGAAAGGUCUUAUCUCCUUUCUAUCUGUUGAUCUUAGUCGAUUCACACAAGUCGACGAGGUACAUUGCUUUCCUGUCAGUUGGGGCCGUCAUCGAUCAAAAACUAAACUACUUUGCCGUAAAUGUGGGGUUCAUGUAGGGUAUGGGUAUGGAGAUGCGCCUGCCCUUUGUGGUUUUGACUCUCCCGACUCAUCUAGUGCUGCUUUUAGGAAGUUUACAAUAAAGAUCCGAGCUCUACAGCCUUCAGACGAGUGCUAA